AAAACCUUGGCCGAAAGGGUUGUAGACAUGGCGGCCAUCAGGGUUCAGGUGUACAUGUGAAGAUUUGUUACACAGUACUGCAGGCUGUACAGGAAGCAUGGUGCUGACAUGUUUAUGGUGAGAGCCUCAGGAAGCUAACUACCAUGCCAGAAGACAAUGAGGAGCCAGUAUGUCAUAUGGUGAGAGUGGCAGCAAGAAAAUGGGAAAACUGACAACCAUGCCUGCAGGUCUGAUAUAUGCAUCUGUAAGUGUACAUGCAGCCAAACAAGAGGAAUCCAAAAAGCAGCUAGUGAAACCAGAGCAGCUCCCCAUAUAUACUGCACCACCGCUCCAGUCUAAAUAUGUUGAAGAGCAGCCUGGUCAUUUACAAAUGGGCUUUGCUUCCAUCCGCACUGCAACUGGUUGUUAUAUUGGCUGGUGCAAGGGUGUUUAUGUCUUUGUGAAAAAUGGGAUAAUGGAUACAGUACAAUUUGGAAAAGAUGCUUAUGUCUAUCUGAAGAAUCCUCCUCGAGAUUUUCUUCCGAAAAUGGGAGUUAUUACAGUUUCAGGAUUGGCGGGCUUGGUUUCAGCGAGAAAAGGUUCCAAGUUUAAGAAAAUUACUUAUCCUCUGGGACUGGCCACUUUAGGAGCAACUGUUUGCUACCCAGUUCAGUCCGUAAUAAUUGCUAAGGUAACAGCAAAAAAGGUAUAUGCUACAAGCCAGCAAAUUUUUGGAGCAGUUAAAUCAUUGUGGACAAAAAGCAGCAAAGAAGAGUCACUCCCUAAACCUAAAGAAAAAACUCAGCUAGGAUCCUCUUCCGAAAUAGAAGUACCUGCAAAAACAACUCACGUCUUGAAACACUCAGUGCCCUUGCCAACAGAAUUCAGCUCUGAAGCAAAGACCAAAUCAGAAUCCACUUCAGGUGCAACACAGUUUAUGCCUGACCCCAAGCUCAUGGAUCACGGGCAGUCCCACCCAGAAGAUAUAGAUAUGUACAGCACUAGAAGCUGAAGUAGACUGCAUGCAGAGACUACACAGAAAACUACAAGAUGUGUGACGUUGCAAAUAAUGAUGAAAAUAAAUCAUGUAAUGGGUAACUGA